UCAUGCAGCAAUAAUAUGUACAGAAUAUCCAGUGGUGCUUUUCAGAAACAGAGGAAAAAAUUGUUUUUAAUUUUCAGACCCAAUGUUUGUGGCUCAAGGUUCCACUCGUACUGCUGCCCUGGCUGGAAAACGCUGCCUGGAGGGAAUCAGUGCAUUGUCCCAAUUUGCAGGAAUUCUUGUGGUGAUGGAUUUUGUUCACGGCCAAACAUGUGUACGUGCUCCAAUGGACAGCUCUCUCCCAACUGUGGCUCAACUGGAGUCCAAACCUGCAAUGUCAGAUGCAUGAACGGUGGAAGCUGCAAUGAGGAAUCUUGCCUCUGCCAGAAAGGUUACACUGGAACGUACUGUGGGCAGCCUGUCUGUGAAAAUAGCUGUCAGAAUGGAGGUCGUUGCAUUGGACCAAACCGUUGUGCUUGUGUUUAUGGAUUUACCGGCCCCCAGUGUGAGAGAGGUAAGAAACAUCUUCAUAUUAUCACUGACUGAGCAUAGGAGUUGUAUAUUCAAGUAUGUAUGCUAGGGAUACUUGAUUCUAAGUGAAUUUCUUCUCAGUUUCCUAGGCUGUUGAUACAGUCCCUAAUUCU